UGCGGUUUCAUUGGAGCCUGUGGUGGGACGAAUGGAGCUGAGUGAGCAAAGCAAAAACACCAUGUCCUCGGAGCUGGGGCCCGGGGCCACAGGCGGGGAGUUAUGCUUGUCAGUGGUGCCCGAAUUAUUGAGAGCGUUAUGGGAGGAGCCGGACAAACCGCGGAGGGGCCCUGUAGGUCGCGUGAAAACUCACCGACAGCACCGUCUCCGCCCCAGCCCAUUGGGUAAAGAGAUUUACGCUCUGCGGAAGUUACGGGAAGCAGCUAAUGGCAAUGAUUUGGAUACAGUCCAACGUUUGCUUGAUGAGGGUGCAGAUCCCUGCGCAGCGGAUGAUAAAGGCCGAACAGCACUUCAUUUUGCAUCUUGCAAUGGGAACGACCAGAUUGUAAGAUUGCUCCUGGACCAUGGAGCUGACCCAAACCAAAGAGACGGACUGGGAAACACACCAUUGCAUUUAGCUGCUUGUACCAGCCAUGUACCAGUAAUCACAACUCUUCUCCGUGGAGGAGCCAGAGUGGAUGCUUUAGACCGAGCAGGGCGGACCCCAUUACAUCUCGCUAAAUCAAAGCUGAAUAUACUACAGGAUGGGAAGUCACAAAGUUUAGAAUCUCUGAGACUGGAAGUUAAGCAGAUAAUUCAAAUGUUGCGGGAAUACUUGGAGAAGCUGGGGCAGCAGGAACAGACGGAGCAGCUGGACCAGAUCUGCUCUAGGCUGCAGAGGACUAGCACCAAGGAGCAGGUAGACGAAGUGACAGAGCUUCUGGCCAACUUUACGUCACUCGGCCUCCAGAUACAGAACAUGGAAAGCAGGUAGUAGCCAGUGGUGCUUGACGGCAAUCGGUCAGAAGUCUCCUCACUUUGUGGCACAAGGAAGCACAACCAAGAAUGAUUUAGAUGUGAGAUUUCACGAUGUCCGUCCCUCAACGACAAAGCAUAUGCUGACUUAUCAUUAUGAUGAACGCCGGGAUACAUUUAUAAUGACGAUAUCAAUAUUUAUUCGAUAAAUAUAAGCUGGCAUUUGUGGAACUGUGUUCGAUGGGCCAACCCUGUGCAUCCUAACUGAUGUUAAACAUCCAGGAACAGUUCUGGAGUUUAUUUGAAUCUACAAUGGCUGCCCCAGCCAGCUGACAACACCUUGCAUCCAUAGAAAGUCUUGAGAGACUAACUCCUCAUUUUCCACUUAUGUCUACACAGGAGUAUUAUUGUUGUUGUGAGAAAAUAAUGUGAUACAUGUUACUAUGACAAUCUGUUUUACCUAUUCCCUUGUUUGAGGUGCUACCCAUUUUUAUGUGUGUGACUUUUAUUGUCCUGUGCUUAUGGAGAGGAAGAUGUACAUUGCUGUUUUGUUACUGGUAAUCCCUCACCAAAUGUGUAAAGCCGUUACCAGUGAAUUAUUGCACGUUUUAAUCCAUACAAACAGUCCUGAAUGAUGUUGUGUCUCAACCUGGGUAUGUCUGUGUUAAUGCAUGGCUCCCUUUUUAAUUGCAUCGUAUCCUCCAUUCACUUAUUCUGUAAAGUGACGAUGUGUCUGUCUGUUUUUUCUGCAUGUGAUUUUGAAAGUUCAGCGUGUACCGUCUUGCCUAUUAUUCACAAAAUCCAAAAAUAAGAUACGAAAUAAUAUAUUAUAAAAACGACUAAAAUGUCUGAAGCUUAUAUAUGUUUGAAGAUGGAGUAUGUUAUAAAUAUUGUUUAAAGACAGACUUAAUGCUGCAGAGGGAUCUCCAGCUAUAAAAGUGUAUUAUUAUACAGGGUAUCGUUCAUGUUUUCAUUUUUGUUUUACUUUCCCCACUGUGUAUCCUCCUGGCUGUUAUUUGGAAACAGAUUAUUUUAUUUUAUUAAAGCUUGUGUGUUGUUUAUGUA